AGGCAGUUUACAGAGUGUACAGAGUCAGUUUACGGAGUCAUUUUACAGUUUACACAGUCAUUUUACUGGGCUACGAAUUGAAGUGACCAUCACCUAUUAGGAAAGUUUGAUCGGAUAGAAAGGCUUUCGCCGAUAGAUGCACAAAUGCAAGACAUGGACUUGAUGGAUGGUGGGCGACCUGUGCAAGUGGUACUUGCCCAUUCAGAUCAUACCUUCGAAUUAGAUGAAGCUGCAUUGUCAGAAAUUCUCCUACAUGACGACGUGAAAGAUAGAAAUAUAGUUGUGGUAUCUGUUGCGGGUGCCUUCAGAAAAGGCAAAAGUUUCCUUCUUGACUUUUUUCUUCGUUAUAUGAACAACAAAUACACGUUACAAAACGAUACUGAUUCCUGGUUGGGUGCCGAGGACGAGCCACUUAGUGGUUUUUCAUGGAGGGGAGGUUCCGAGAGGGAUACCACGGGAAUAUUGAUGUGGUCGAAGGUUUAUCCUGCUACUUUGGCGAACGGUGAAAAAAUCGCUGUGAUUCUUAUGGACACUCAAGGCACUUUCGACAGUCAGUCGACAGUACGGGACUGCGCGACCGUGUUCGCGUUGAGUACGAUGCUGUCCUCCGUGCAAAUAUACAAUCUGUCGCAAAAUAUUCAGGAGGAUGAUCUUCAGCACCUACAAUUGUUCACCGAGUACGGUAGACUGGCGCUGGAAAGCUCCGAGAGCACGCCCUUCCAAAGAUUGCAAUUUUUAGUCAGAGACUGGGUUUAUCCGUACGAGGCCGAUUACGGUGCAAACGGCGGAAAGAAAUUGCUCGACAACAGACUGGAGAUUUCCGACAGGCAGCAUCCGGAAUUACAGAGCUUGCGAAAGCACAUUAAGUCCUGCUUUUCGGACAUAUCGUGUUUCCUCAUGCCGCAUCCCGGUCUCGAGAUCGCGACGAAUCCGAGAUUCGACGGUAGAUUAUCCGAGAUAAAGGCAGAGUUCAAAAAACAGUUGAAAGUGCUCAUACCGAUGAUACUGGCGCCGGAAAAUCUGGUGACCAAGAAGAUCAACGGCCAAGUCGUGAAAGCGAAAGAUCUGUUGGAAUAUUUUAAGAGUUACAUCAAUCUAUACAAGGGAGAUGAACUUCCCGAACCGAAAAGCGUGUUUGUGGCCACAGCAGAAGUUAACAAUUUAACCGCUGUAGCAGAGGCUAAUGAUUUAUACGUUCAGAUGAUGGACGAGGUGUUCGAAGAGAGAUCGUUUUUAACGACCGCUCACUUAGAAUUCGUACAUCAACACUGUAUGGACACAGCUCUUCGUCAAUUCCAAAAUAAACGAAAAAUGGGCGGAGAAGAAUUUAGUCAAAUAUAUAUGGAAAAAUUGAUUAAAGACAUGGAUGAUACUUUUUUGAAAAUUAAGGCACACAAUGAGCGCAGAAAAAUACCAGGGCGAAGACUGCGAAAACUGUUUUUAGCCAUUCCUCUCGUUUCAGGUGUAUGUACAUUUUUUUGCGCACCAGCGUAUGGUAUAUACAUAGCUGCAUGGUAUGCAUACAUAUAUUUAGGUUUGGAGGUCGUUUUUAAGGACGUGAUGAAUUAA